CGUGACAUCUCAUCUUUAUCGUAGGUAGAUAGAGGAAGGAAAUUACAAUACCGACCGCGCACGAAAUUAUGGUAAUCACGUUGAUUAGCAGGAGCGUUUAGUGUGGCGCGCUGCGUGCAGAUGUGACGAGGUAACCUCUCGGGAUUGCCCAAGCUUCGAUGACAGUUGGUGCUUGCAUCAGUCCACGUUUGUCGUGCAUUACGAGCCAGAUUGUUCGCGUGCAAUCAUAUUUGUGCAGUUUUCAAGAGGAGAAACAUUUGAAGAAAGCAUGACGACGGAAAAUGGGCAGAUCAAAGUGGAAAACGGCGUCGUUACGGAUGAGGAUGUCGUGACACCGUGGAUAGUGACGAGUACAAAUGACUCUGGGAUCGAUUAUGACAAAUUGAUCAAAAGAUUCGGAAGCUCAAAGAUCGACGACGAAUUGUUAGCCAGAUUCGAAAAGAUCACCGGCAGGAAGCCGCACCAUUUUCUCAGAAGAGGCAUAUUCUUUUCUCACAGAGACAUGCAUACCAUCCUGAAUCUCUACGAGCAAGGAAAGCCGUUUUACCUGUAUACAGGUAGAGGACCUAGUUCCGACGCGAUGCAUCUGGGCCACCUCAUACCGUUCAUGUUCUGCAAAUGGUUGCAGGAUGUGUUCGACGUUCCGCUGGUUAUACAGCUGACAGAUGAUGAGAAGGCUAUAUGGAAGAACAUAAAGAUAGAAGAUGCCAUUAAACUAGCCUAUGCAAAUGCUAGAGAUAUUAUCGCAUGUGGCUUCAAUCCCGACAAGACCUUUAUCUUUUCCAAUUUGGAACACAUAGGGAAGAAUCCAGCUUUCUAUCAGAAUAUGAUUCGGAUACAGAGAUGCGUGACGUUUAACCAGGUGAAGGGUAUCUUUGGCUUCGGCGACAGCGAUCCGAUCGGCAAGAUCGCCUUUCCGCCCACGCAAGCGGCACCGGCGGUCGCCAGCUCGUUCCCCUUUAUCUUCAGGGACGCCAAAGUGCACUGCCUGAUACCGUGUGCGAUCGAUCAAGAUCCGUACUUCCGUAUGACCAGAGACGUGGCACCUAGGCUCAGCUUUCCCAAGCCAGCUCUGCUACAUUCCACCUUCUUUCCGGCGCUGCAAGGUUCCAAGACGAAGAUGUCGGCGAGCGACAGCAACACCGCGAUAUUUCUCACAGAUACCGCCAAGCAGAUCAAAAACAAGAUCAACAAGCAUGCGUUUUCCGGCGGCCAAGCCACUGUCGAGGAGCACAGACAGUUGGGUGGAAACUGCGAGAUAGACAUAUCCUAUCAGUGGCUGCGAUUCUUCCUGGAGGAUGACGAGCGAUUGGAAGAAAUCAGAAAGGGCUAUACUAGCGGAGAGAUCUUGACGGGCGAACUUAAGAAGGGACUGAUCGAGAUACUGCAACGACUCGUGGCCGCGCAUCAAGAAGCAAAGUGUAAAGUCACGGACGACGUGAUCAAACGGUUCAUGAUUCCUAGAGAUCUCGGCUUUGUAUCGAAAACAAAAUAACCGUUUAGCGAAAUUUACCGCCCCUUUGAAGUAUGCGUUUUCUCUAUAUAAAACUUCACUAGACAAGUAUUUAAAUUUAUUUAUUGCAGUCGUCGUUGUCGUCAACAAGUUGUUGUCGUCAACAAGUCGUCCGCACAGUACAUUCUACCGAAACCCUCUCCGUUGGAAAUUAAAUUAAUUAAUUCUUGAUCAA